AUGACCACAGAUCGACGGUGCUCCUUCAAUGGUAGCACAGCGGAAGAAGACUCAGAAUUAAACGGCGAAGAUGAUGCUGGAGAAUCUUCCCGCCUGGUUCCGAGUUCCAGUCCCAUAUCCAGAGUCCUGAGACGUUUCCCUCGCUUUCUUCACCGCUCAUCUGCCCCCCAUGGCUGCGCUGUUGGUCACCGCAACCGGGACUUCUCUCAUUACUCUGACUCUCGUGGGGUGAAGCGCAACUGUUUCUCUCAAGCAGUAGUCGAGAUUUUUGCCACUGUCCGCGCCAUCCUGGGAUAUUCAUGGCUUAACAGCCUCUUGGUUUUCGUCCCGUUGGCCAUCGCCAGCUACUUGGCUCGAGCGAACCAUGUUCUGGUUUUCACAGCAAAUGUCAUCGCGGUAGUCCCAUUGUCGAGCUUGCUCACCUGCGCGACGGAAAACAUUGCACGAGAGUCGGGUGACGUGGUUGGAGCCUUGCUCAAUGUGACGUUCGGAAACCUGGUUGAGAUUGUGAUCUUUGCCGCCCUCUAUCAUAAGCAAUAUGAAGUGGUGCAAGCCUCUCUUUUGGGCUCGAUCCUCGUGAACCUCUUGCUCGUCUUGGGAUUAGCAAUCCUGGCCGGAAGUUUUUAUCGUCAAGAGCAGUCUCACAGAAUAGAGGACGCACAAGCUCUGGCCUGCCUCCUCAGUGUGUCCGUCUUCAGCUUGCUCAUACCUAGUGCCCUUGUCCACUCCUUUGACGAUCUAGAGUCUGCUAGACCAGCCGUGUUAACCUUGAGUCGAGCGUCUGCAUUGACCUUGUUGGCCAUCUAUUUACUCUACAUCUUUCUGCAGAUCAAGAACACUAUUGUCAACAGAUCACCCGUGCGCGUUGUCGGUCCAGACAGCAUAAAUGGUUCUGUACGGAUGAGUGGUGAUGCUGCUGCUUCCAGUGGAUUGUUAUUUCCGCGUUCGAUUCGGUUCCAAGAUGAGGAAGAGGCCGGAGGCUAUAAAAACACGCCCCUUGUGCGCAAAGACAGCUUGGAGAUGUCUGCGUUCGAUGAUUCCGGACAAUCACAAGUGGAGUCGGACGACAUCAAUGGACACCCGAACUUCGAAAGAUCUGACGAGGAUGAAGAUGGCGACACACAGGGCCAGGAGUGGAAAACUUCGUCUGACAAGAUACGGAACCCAAGAAGCUCCAUCUAUCAAUUUCCUGCGCGUAGACAAGGACAGGAUUCCGGCAAUUCGAGUCAGCGGCACAUGAGUCCUGCUGGCUUGCAGCCGUUACGGUCACACCGCUCGUCCUACGCAGGUUCAACAUCCAGUCUGCCACGUCUGCUUUUGGGGAGCUCCAUCGCCAAUGUCGACAGUCCGAGUGAUAUUGUGAGGCUCGAGGACCCACCAUUGGUUAUUGGGAAACUAGCUUCUAGCUUACUCCUCGUUAUCUCGUCCUUACUUGUGGCCUUUUGCGCCGAGUUCCUUGUGAACACACUCGACGAUAUUGUCGACUCCGGACCAUUUUCGGAAGCAUUCAUCGGGCUCAUUAUACUUCCAGUUGCUGGAAAUUGUGCGGAGCUCAUCACUGCGACCGCGGUCGCCACUGUAAGUCGCAUUUUACCCUCGAAACACGGAUGUAACCAAGCGGUCACGCUAAGGACGCUGGUGUGGUUGGUAGAGGCUAACAGAUAUCUGCAGAAAGGCAAGUUCGACUUGGCCAUCGGCGUCUCUGUUGGAUCAUCCGUUCAGAUCUCUUUAUUUGUCACGCCUUUGAUCGUCAUUGCGGGCUGGGCUCUGAACAGGGACAUGACCAUGUAUUUUGGUAUCUUUGAGACUGUGGCACUUUUCGCCACAACUUUUCUGGUGAACGUGCUCAUUCUCUAUCGCAAGUCAAACUUCUUGGAAGGAAGCUUGCUCUGUGCCUGCUACUUCAUCAUUGCAGUCGGAGCAUAUCUCUUCCCCACACCAGAUCAUCGAGCUCUGCAUGACCGUCCUCCAGACUAG